ACGUAAUAGACACGCACGAGUACCAGCAGCAGCUCAGCUGUCAGAGAGCUGAAGCUGUUCAAUCAACAAACCCGGAAUAACGCGGAACACACAUUAAACUCCAUAUUUCAUUUCAUUUAUCACAUCUCCUGUUAUGGAGCAAGUGAAGCAGGAGGCCUUUGAUAACGCCAGGCUGCAGGUGAUCAAAGAUGGGUACGAGAAGGCAUUCGAAUGCAUCAAUAAAGCUCUUACAGAGGAUGAGGUGGGCCACAGUGCAGAGGCGCUAAAACUGUACCGACAAGGGCGGCAGCACCUCCUCAGGGCUCUCAGUGUUCCCUCGCAGGGUAUGGAAUGUGUGGGCCCUUCCUGGGAAUCAGCUAGACAGAUGCAGCGCAAGAUGCAGGAGACUCUCAACAACAUUACCACUCGCUUAGCCAUGCUGGAAACCAGCCCAGACUCCAACAAAGUCUCGGAUAGCAGCGCAGCCCCUCAGAAACUCUACCCUGAAGUCCCGAAGGUCAAGUCGGACCAGAUGCUUGCUUCCAACAGCAGGGUUGCAGGGGCUUCAGGUGGGCCAGUUCCGGUCUCUCCCUCAGUGCAGCCCAAUAUGUUAAGUGACCAGCCUCCUGCAUACACCCCUCAAGCUGCUGACGGACACCUGAGCAUUUCCUAUGGCACCGACUCGGGAGAACUCUCCCUGGUUGGUGAUGAGUUCUACAGCAAUACGUCUAAUUCAGCACCUUCUCCUCAGUGUCUGGGGGAGGAUGGAGAGGAACUCUUUUUCCUUCCUCAAGGGGUGCAGAUCUUCUUUGUUACACCUGACGGGCAAGUCAGUGCUCCCUCUUAUCCAGGGUACCUGCGCAUCGUCAAGUUCACCAGUGAGCAAUCAGAGAGGAUUCCAAACAGGCCACCUGCCUUUCUACAGGUUUGUGACUGGCUUUACCCAUUGAUGUCCUCUGACUCCCCAGUCCUGCUGUGCAACACAGGAGUCUACAUGUUCCCUGACAUGAUGGCUCCCAUCCCGGGCUCGUAUGUUGGGGUGGUCCUUUCUUCUGAGCUUCCCCAGAGGGACCGCGAACUCUUCCAGAAUGUUCUUUCACAGCUGACUGACCUGCGUGUCCAGGUGAGCUGUCCCUGUGUCCCCUCAAGUCCCCCCUCAGAAACACAGGGGUCAGCAGUGGCUUCAGAAAAGGCAUCAGAUGGCACAACCGAUACCAUUAACCUGGGUCAGAAGGUGCCGAUAGUGCCUCCUGCAACUCAAGCAGUGCCCCCUGCUGCUGAGGAGGAGAAGGUACUUCCUGAAUGGAGCGAGAAGGUGGCUCAAGGGAUCCUGACUGGGGCUUCAUGGCUGAGCUGGGGGUUGGUAAAGGGGGCUGAGUACACAGGGAAAGCCAUACAUAAAGGUGCAACCAAACUACGAGAGCACAUCACACCAGAGGACAAACCAACUCAAGUCAGCCCCACAGUAACCAAAAGCCUCCAUGUGGCCAAACAGGCCACAGGAGGAGCAGUGAAGGUCAGCCAGUUCCUUGUGGAUGGACUGUGCACAGUCGCUGGACAUGUUGGCAGAGAGUUGGCACCCCAUGUAAAAAAACAUGGAGGGAAGCUUAUCCCAGAGUCUCUGAAGAAAGACAAGGAAGGACGCUCCAAUAUUGAUGGUGCCAUGGUAGUUGCAGCAAGUGGAGUUCAAGGAUUUGCAACAAUGUGGACAGGGUUGGAGGUUGCAGCAAAGAACAUUGCAAAGAGUGUUGCUACAGAAACAGUUACCACGGUAAAACAUAAAUUUAGGGGUCUGGAGAACAUUUCAGACACCCCAAAUGAAAACAAGUAGAAACAUUUAUCCCUGCACCCUGUAAAAAGGCCUUAAUUAACGGUCACGAGCAUGGCUAAAGCUUAUGUAUAAGACUGAAUCAGUCAGCACUUGCACGCAAUGCUAAUGAUUUAUAGGACAUAAUGAUUAAAUCACCUCCGUUAGCAUCCUGUAUUGCUGUGCGCAAAUUAUCCACAGCUCAGAAAUGGAAUGUGUAUGUGUUCCUAACAGCCAAAGUAAUUAAUCUCAUUGCUUCAAUUUUCUUAACUUUUGAACCUUUUAAGCCUGACUUUAAUUAUACUGUUCAUCAACAGAAGAUUUUAUCUGAUAGCAAACAUAAUCAUCAUCUACGUAAUUUGACCAAGAUGUACAGUAUAUACAUGUAUGCUAUCGUUUAAAAGUUUGGGGUUAAUAUGUUUAAUAUGUUUUUAUUUUAUUUUAUUUAUUUAUUUUUUUUAAUUAAUGAAUACUUUUAUUCAGAAAGGAUGCAUUAAAUUGAUCAAGAGUGGCAUUUAUAAAGAUUUCUGUUUCAAAUAAAUGCUGUUCUUUUGAACUUUCUAUUCAUCCAGGAUUCCUGGGAAAAAGUAUCAUGGUUUCAUUAAAAAUAUUAAUCGGUUAAAACUGUUUUCAACAUUGAACUAAAAAAAAAUAAUAAUAAAAUUUCUCAUGAGCAUAUUAGAAUGAUUUCUGAAGAAUUAUGUGACACUGAAGUCUAAAUUAAUGGCUGCUGAAAAUUCAGCUUUGCAUCACAGGAAUAAAUAGCAUUUUUUUUUAAUAUAUUAAAACAGAAAAUAGUUAUUCAAUUCAAGUUUAGCAUCAGAAACAGGUAACAUGUUUCGUAGCUUGGCAGUGUUUCUAAGACGGAAGAGUGCGGUUUUUGUAACUUGGGAAAUGUGGUUUUCAAAGGAUAAGUUUCUGUCUAAUAUAACACCCAGAUUUUUGACUGUAGAGGAAGUAACAGUACAUCUGUCUAGUUGCAAACUGUAGUCUUCUAGAUUCUGUGUACUGUUUUUUUGGUCCAAUAAGUAAUAUCUCUGUCUUAUCCAAAUUUAAUAGGAGAAAAUUAUUGGACCUACAAUCUUUUACAUUUUUAACAUACUCUGUUAGCUUAGAUAAUUUAUAAGUUUCAUCUGGUCUUGUUGAGAUAUAUAGUUGAGGAUCAUCAACAUAACAGUGGAAACUUAUCCUGUAUUUUCUAAUAAUAUUACCAAGGUACAUGUACAGUAUAUAGAAAAUAGCAGAAGACCUAGGACAGAUCCUUGUGGCACUCCAUAUUUUACUGGUAAUAAAUGAGAUGACUCCCCAUUUAAAUAAACAAAAUGGUAGCGAUCGGACAGGUAGGAUCUAAAGUUAUUUUAAAUUGUAAACACAUUUCUAAUCAAUUUAAAUAAAUGCAGCUUUGGAGACCUCAAACUUUUGAAUGAGAGUGUAAAUCAUCUUAUACUUUACGACUGUGCAAUUCAUUAUAAAGAAGGUUUAAGAUUUCAAGCUUAAAUCCUUCCCAUUAAUUAUCCAAUAUUUAAAAGUGGGGAAAUAACGGUGAUUACUAUAACCGUCAUAUAGCUCAUAAUAUAAUGUUUUUCAUUCAUAAUAAUUUGCACAACCGUCCUAUCCUUUCUAACUAAAAAUAUUCAGGAAUUUCAAUCCAGCUUUUUUCACAUCAAAACAUAAAUGUUUUUAUGGCAUCUUUAGGAUUAAUUUUGCAAUUUAAAUCAAAGGCAGAUUUUUCUCUAGAUAAAUGACUGAAUCCAUGCAUGUAUGUUUAACUGCUUUGCUCUGCUUCGAAUAUUGUCCAUCUCCUAAAGCCUUUUCCAUUGCCUCUUUCAUCACCCCGUCCCCUCCUUUACUCAAUCUGGGUUAUUUAUAAUCAAGGUAUGGGGCGGAAGCGGGCCAGGCCACAGAUCAUGCUGUCAACUCUGCCAUUAAUAUGGGCAUCACCGCAUUCAAUAUCGACAACCUGGGGAUCAAGGCAAUGGUCAAGAAGACCGGCAAAGAGACUGCCCACGCCAUCCUGGC